ACAGCGCCACCUAUAGUAAAUAUUUGUGACCUACUUUUAUUCAGCAGUGUUUUGAGUAACAUUUUACAGUAAUGAACCGACUAAAGGGGUCCCAAAGCAGGCUUAAGCAGCCAUAUGACAAGGAAAGCCUUAAGAGAGCCUAUGCAGCUUGUGUUUCAAAUGGCAUGUCUGUUUAUCGGGCAUCUAGAGUGUACCAUGUCCCGGAGUCUACUUUGAGAGACAGGACUAGACAUAAUGUCACCCUUGAGGCACGUCCUGGACCAGAGACUCUAUUGUCUUCUCUGGAGGAGGACAAGUUAGCACAUCAUAUAAAGUAUAUGGCCAGUAUCGGAUAUGGCUACACCAUGACCAACGUAAGAUUUAUGGCUGCUGACUAUGCCAGGUCAAUGGGGAAGAAAGUUGUUGCAAAGGAUGGUUUAAGUACUGUGCGGUACUAUAGUUUCAUGAAAAGAAACCCAGACUUGAAAGCUGUCAAGCCUCAAAAGCUUGAUUUGGCCAGAGCUAAAGGUGCCUCUGAAGAAAAAAUAAACAACUAUUUCAAAAAACUGAAGAAUAUUCUAGAUGACAAUGACUUAAUCAAUUCACCUGAAAGAAUCUAUAAUAUAGAUGAAACAGGAGUAAGCACCCAGCACUCACCACCUAAAAUAGUUUGUGGGAAAAAUGAUAAACCUCAGGCAAUUACCUCCCCAAGAUCUUCCAAUGUAACAAUAAUAGGAGGAGCAAAUGCCCUUGGAAAUCAUGUGCCUCCUUUUUAUAUAUUCUCUGGGAAAAAGGUUUAA